AUACAAGAAUUUUUUGAAUUUUUGGGACAGAAUGAAUAUAACAUAGAAUUAAUCAAACUAUCAAAUAAAGAUAAUAUUAUAGAUACUAUUAUAGAUACUACUUCUGCACCCCUGUAUACCUUUUUAUUACAAAUAUUUUGUGCUUUUAUCAUAUAUCAAGUAGCAAUAAUUGCAUAUAAAACUCAAAUGCAUAAAUUUGGUUUUGCCCUACCAAUAAGUUUAAUUACUCCAGGGACGAUCUUAUUAAUAAUGAUAUCUUGUGUAUCAAGAGAAGAAAAUUCGUGUGCAUUUCAUAAUUUAAUACCAGAUUAUUUAUUCUUAAAUACACCUAAAUAUAAUAGUAUGACAGAGUUUCUUUUAAAUUGGCGUAUCUGGUGCUGGAUAAUAUGGUGGUUAUCACAGAUUUGGAUUACAGUACAAAUUUGGAUAGGUGAAAAGGGAAGACUUGCACCUAUAGAGAAAAUUUUCUAUCAUUCUAGUUAUGAUGCAUUCCUAAUUGAUCAAUUCUUAGGAUUAAAUAAGAGGAGACAUGAAAAUUAUCAUGUUGUUGAAGAAGUAGAAUCUUCAGACUCUAUUAGAGAAUUUGAGGUUUUACUUUGUCUAGUAUUUCAAAAUAAAAGUUUGUUUAACUGCUGCUUUCUAGCUGAAACUUUUAUUUCAGGGUAG